AUGUCCCUCCAGAGCUGGGAGCGGCAAGCCCAGAAAGGCAAAGAUAUCCUCAACCACUCGAUUCCGAAGCAAUGGCUACUCCCGGCGGACAAAUUGCCGAUGUCCACGCAGAAGAAUGUCGUCGACUUUCCCAGACAGAGUGGUCUACUCAGUGAGCUUGAGCUCCUUAUUACGGAGAUGUCUGCUACUGAGCUGGUGGCGAAUAUGGGACAGGGGAAGUUGACGGCCCAGGAGGUUGUUGUGGCAUUUUUGAAGAGAUCGGUUCUGGGACAUCAGUUGCUGAAUUUCGCAACGGAGUUCUUAGCAGACGAGGCAAUUGCUCGUGCCAAAGAACUUGAUGAGUAUUAUGAGCGGACAGGGAAGCUAAUUGGGCCUUUGCACGGUGUCCCCAUCAGUGUCAAAGAACACAUUGGGUUCAAGAACAAGACAUGCAAUACCGGAUACGUUUCUUGGAUCGAUAAUGUUACACCGGAAGACGCACAUUUGCUGCAAUUGCUAGCCAAGGCCGGCGCAGUGUUCCACGUUCGCACGAACCAACCCCAAUCCCUCAUGCACCUCUGCUGCAGCAACAACAUUACCGGCAUAACUCUAAACCCAUACAACCGCACUCUAACACCCGGAGGUUCAUCCGGCGGCGAAGGCGCCUCGAUGGGUUUCAAAUGCGCCCCUCUCGGCAUCGGUACUGACAUCGGUGGAUCGAUCCGUUGCCCAGCCGCUUUCUGCGGUGCUUACGGCUUCCGCCCUACCACGAUGCGCAUGCCGAUGGCAGGAAUUCAAGUUGCGGCCCUGGGACAGGAAACUAUUCACGGCGUCGUGGGUCCAUUGGCGAGCUCUUCGCUUGAAGAUUGUGAACUCUUCUCCAAAGCCGUGCUGUCCCAAGAGCCAUGGAACGACGAGAGGACUUUGGUCCCUGUUCCGUGGAAGACCGUCACUCCGACGCGCGACAUGACUAUUGCUAUCAUGUGGGACGAUGGCUGCGUCCGCCCCCAUCCCCCAAUAACCCGUGCCUUGCGACUUGCCCGCGACAAGCUCGUCGCGGCUGGAAUCAAAGUCGUCGAUUGGGAACCAUACAAGCAUGAUGAAGGCUGGGAUAUAAUCGUAAGCUUCCCCAGCCCUCCCAGUUCCUCGCUUUUCACAGAUCCUAAUCCUACCAAGUCAACCCUCUACUACCCAGAUGCCGGCGCCCUCCAACGCGCCAUGCUCAACGACUCGGGCGAACCCGCCCGCCCUUUAACAGACUGGGCCCUAUCUUACGCCCGAUCAACACCACUCACCCACCCCGAGGCCUGGAAAUACCAACACAAACGAGACGUCUUCAUCGACGGGUACCACGCGGUCAUGAAGCGGCGCGGAGUCGACUUUAUCAUUUCCCCACCCUACCCUAGCGUGGCGGCUGUGAUGGGCGAGUCACAGUAUUGGAAUUAUACUGCUAUUUGGAAUCUGGUUGAUUUCCCUUCAGCGGUGUUUCCUUCUGGGUUGACGGUUGACUCGGAGUUGGAUGUGCUGACGGAGGAGGACGGGAAGUAUGUUCCCAGGAGCGAAGUUGAUGAGCGGGAAUGGAGGAAGUAUAAGGGGCCGGAGAGGUUUGAGGGGGCGCCUAUCGGGUUGCAGAUUUCUGGGGCGCGGUUUAGAGAUGAGGAGAUGCUGGCGGCAGCGAAGAUGGUUGAGGAGGUUGUUAGGGAUGGGAGGAAGGUGGCUUAA